UGACUGAGAUACCAGUUGAUUGGAAAUGGCUCUGUUUGUGUCAAUCAAAUCAGCAAUCCUCGUGGCUGUGAUCCUACAGGCUAUGUUUGUUGGAUUCAGCACACCAGACACCCCGUCCAACACGAGCCCAACCAACGAGAUGGUUAUUCACGUCCACAGCUGUAAUAAGACGUGCAAUCCGUCAAUGAAUGUGACCUGUUCAAUGAAGGGCUGCAUCUGCGUACUUGUGGACAACGCUACUGAAGGAUAUUGUUACAGCGUGGACUGGAACGCACCGGAUUAUUACAAUUUGCCUUCAAACGAGAGUUUACAGGCGGCGGCGCCACGAUACGACUAGAAAGAUAAAUAAAGAACUCGUUCUCAUCCAAUACAGUUCACAAAAGCCAAAUAGUGGAUUUCGCUUAGCUCCGGGAAUUUUACAAAGACGUUCUACAGGAAAAUGUGUGCGGCACAUAGAGGUGUUAUAAUGGAGCUCGAGUGGUUCCCUGUCUGUCGUUUUAUAU